UUGAGUGCGACGGAUUGGACGCUUUGGCGGGCGCUGAUUGGUUCAUCAACCGAUGAAGAAGCAGCCCGCCGUGAUGCUCUGGAGAAACAAGAACGAGAAUUUCAUGAGUUCGUGCGGCAACAAAUUAUUUGUUUAAUCAUAUUCAUUUCGUUGUAUCUACUUUCAUACUGGAUGAUUUCGUUGUUCAAGUCGAAAUCUGAGAGCGAUUCAUUAUAUGCAGGUGACGAAGAUUACUUUGUGUAUAGGAUUAGUGCGUGGAUAUGCUCGGCUUCGCUUGCGAUUUCUGUCGGAUCAGUUACGUUGUUACCGUUCUCGGUUUUGAGUUCAGAACUCCUUCAUCGCUAUCCUGAUAACUACUACUUGCAGUGGAUGUCAUGGUCGCUGAUAAAUAGCUUAUGGAACUACGUAUUUGCACUCUCCAAUCUUAGCCUGUUUGUUUUAUUACCAUUUAGCUAUUUCUUCAUUGAAUCUCAGGGCUUUAGUAAGAAUAAAAAUGGGAUCAUGCACCGAGUUUAUGAGACUCUUGCAGUCUGUGCAUUGCUAAUAGUUGUAAUCCUUUGCUUAGUAGACAUCGUUUUGGCACUAAUUUCGUCUUCAGUUUCCUUAAUCACCAUUACAUCUGUGAAUUUACCGCUUAUUUACUCAUUUGUGUCAUUUGCUGGAGUGAUGCUGUUACUGCUGUCGACUCCAAUUGGAUUUGCAAAAAUUUUUACUCUAGAUGUUUGUGAAAAUGUUGUAGAUUUGAAGCAAGUGUUGAAACCUUCUGAUAUUCUAAUUUCUUCUUCAGUCCAAAAUCACUUUAUAUUUCCUUGGAUUAUUGUGUUCUUAAUAAAGCAUGUAAUAAAAUCGACAUUCAAAUAUUCUCUGAUUAACACGUUGAAACUAGUUUUCGGUUAUCGCAGUCUCCCUGUAUACGCACAAUAUAUGGAAGUACAUACGAGACAUUCAUUGGGGUUAGUUGGUGUGAUCAUCGAGAGCAUCAUCAUCAUUUAUUCAUAUUUAAGAUAA